UUUCCACCAUUGGCAAAAACGGCUUUCAUAUUAGCCAAAGGGUCAGUGAGUUUAACAAAACAGUUUGUCAUUAUGCUGAACAAACUUUUGCUAAGUUAAAAAAAACGGCCGCUUAUAGUGCUAAAUUUAAUGAAAAGGCUAAAAAUAAGUGUCACGAAUGA